GUCGAAGCGAAUGGAGUUGUUGCCUGGGGAUUUCACAUUCCCAAUGAGAUCCGAACAGCUUGCACUGCAGGAGAGCCUUCGUAAGCCGACCCUCUCAGAUCAGGACUGCUCGUGGGGAGGCACAGAUGGUGCCGGACCACGCGCCCCGCCUGGGGAUUCGCCGGACGAGCCUUUGCCUCCGCCCGGUGUGCCUGAUUUGGACGGCUCCGAUUUGAAGGAUCGUUUGUCCGAGUACUUGGACCAAGUGGCUAAGGAAAACGAGGACUAUGUUCCCGAAGAUGUCGGAGCUGUGGAGGACUGGCUGGGGAGGGAUGCACAACGGGAGGCUGACAUUGAAAGAUUCGAACGCAAGAAGGCUCGUGAAGCCGAGGAAGAUGCUCGCAAGGCCCUUAGAGACUCCCCGGCCAUGCCUGUCAUCGCCGAGCCUGACCCCGAGCCCCAUAGGGAUCGCAUGGCGUCCUUGUAUUGGGCCAAACUUGGUCAGGUUGCGAGUGAGAUGUUUGCUGCUGUUGCCAGGGUUGUCGGGCCUAAAGAAAUCGAAAGUACUCCCGCUGCGAAAGAAGCCAUGGACCGAGAAUGGAAGAAACUUGCCGAUAAGUCUUGCUGGCUCGAAAAGAAGGUUCGAGAGUACCGGGAUGUUGCCGCGGAAGCCAAACACAAGAAUGUCAAGGCCCAUUUCGGGAAAAUCUUUGAGAUUUGUUCGGUCAAGGGGGAUGAACUCCCGGACGGGCUCGCCUUGUACGGCCACCCUGACUCAGGUGGUAUCUGGGAAAGGAGCGAUCGCCCCGUGGAGAUCGUCAUCAACACCAUGGAGGUCCCCGUCACCCGCGCCAACGCGCAGGAAACCAAGCCGUGGUUGAAGGGUAAGGCCAAAGUGAUCAAGACGCUUCCCAUUUCUCCGUACAUUGCAAAGGAGAACUGGGACUGGAAAGAGGGAAGAGGGGGAACCGGCGAUAGGACGCCGUGGACCGGCAAGACUGUUUUCAAGAUCAAAGAACAAAACAAGAAGGCUUUCGCAGGAGCAGCAGAGGAGCGAGAUCCAGUGGUCGAGCACCCCGAUCCUGAGAUCUCCGCAGCCAUCAAUGAGGUGCCGCCGAUAGAUAUCCCCAAAGAGAAGCUCAAAAGACCAGGCACAGAUGGUGCCGGACCACGCGCCCCGCCUGGGGAUUCGCCGGACGAGCCUUUGCCUCCGCCCGGUGUGCCUGAUUUGGACGGCUCCGAUUUGAAGGAUCGUUUGUCCGAGUACUUGGACCAAGUGGCUAAGGAAAACGAGGACUAUGUUCCCGAAGAUGUCGGAGCUGUGGAGGACUGGCUGGGGAGGGAUGCUCCCGGAUCUUCUAAGGCACAACGGGAGGCUGACAUUGAAAGAUUCGAACGCAAGAAGGCUCGUGAAGCCGAGGAAGAUGCUCGCAAGGCCCUUAGAGACUCCCCGGCCAUGCCUGUCAUCGCCGAGCCUGACCCCGAGCCCCAUAGGGAUCGCAUGGCGUCCUUGUAUUGGGCCAAACUUGGUCAGGUUGCGAGUGAGAUGUUUGCUGCUGUUGCCAGGGUUGUCGGGCCUAAAGAAAUCGAAAGUACUCCCGCUGCGAAAGAAGCCAUGGACCGAGAAUGGAAGAAACUUGCCGAUAAGUCUUGCUGGCUCGAAAAGAAGGUUCGAGAGUACCGGGAUGUUGCCGCGGAAGCCAAACACAAGAAUGUCAAGGCCCAUUUCGGGAAAAUCUUUGAGAUUUGUUCGGUCAAGGGGGAUGAACUCCCGGACGGGCACCCCCAGAAGAAAUUGGAAGGGUCGUAG